GUUGUGGUCAUUUUCUUGAGUUUUGAAUAUAAUCAUGAUGGGAUUUUUUAAGUUAACUUAACUUCUUAACAUUAUUAGAAUCAUAGCUGUAAAAUGUUUAAGGACAUGCAUAACCUAAGUGUUCAAACUAUUGUUAUAAUCAUCAUCUUUUUUAUAAUUCCAGUAAUAAUGCCUAAAAACUAUCAAAAAGAAAACAGUAUGAUGGCAGUGCAGUCUAAAGCACUGUUCUUGUUACAUUGUCUUGCACGUUAUUCCUUUUCUUUUCUGCAAUGUAUUAGAAAUUAGAAAGCCAGAUUGCAUCUCAUUUUAUUUACAUAUGCACUUCCGGACAGUUAGCUGACUUUAGAUAGAAUUGUGAAUUUAAAUGUCAUUUUUUUUCAAGAGAGCAGAAUAACUCUGGUUAGUUUUGGACUUUGCUGUUUCUCCAAAACAAUAGGACAUGUAAUAUGAACCAAAUAUGGAGGAAAUAGUUUAGAUAGUUUCAGUGGUGCAUCUGAAAAAUACUUAUUCUCAUUUAUUCUAUUAGAUAACUUCAAGCUUUUCCAAUGACUUAAACAGAAAUGGUGUGUUAACUUGACAGGCGUAGCGUUCUGAUUAAGAAUGUGCAACAUUUGAAAUAUGACUGGGAUUAUUUUCAGCAGCUGUGAAUUUAGGGCUCAGAGUUAAUCUUAAUAAAUGAGUUACCGUGACAGUUAGACUUGAACGAUGAGAAUAUUUUUCAUAUUGUAUAACACAGGCAGAGUAAGCAGAUUCCUAAUAUGUUCAACAUAAUGAAACUUGGUCUCGCUUUUCCAAUUCUCUCUAUUAACUAACCUCUAACUAUGAUUUUUUAUAAACUCCUAAUUUGCUACUUAUGAAUAGUUAUUAAGUUAGUUGUUAAUUGGGUAUGGGGUACGAUUAAGGGAUUUAAAAUAUGGCCAUGCAGAACAAGGCAUUAAUAUGUUCUUUUUAAGUACUAAAAAACAGCCAACAAGGUAGUAAUAUGCAUAUGCUAGUUAAUAGCGAGAAUUGGUUCCUAAACUUUACGUCACCUAAAACACAAGGUUUGCCAGAUAAUUAAUAUUUACAUUUUAGACUUAAUAACUACCAUUAACUUUAACUAAAAACUGUUGCCAGUUGCUAGAGGAUUUGACCUUGUUACUUAGUCUGAUUGUGAUGUAUGUUUGUGUUGUCCAAUUAUGCAUACAUUACCUGAACUCAUUGGAAAAAUAUGAAAAGAAUGCCUGGCCUGCUACUUUGUGUUAUAUACAGUAUACUAUUGGGGAGCAGGACUGAAUCCCCCAAACACCACAACUGAUUUCCCAGCCAAUCCAAUAUCUUUGUGUGCCCCCCGCCUAUGUUAACAGUAACCAGAUGUAUUGUGCGCAGCCUGCAGAGAGCUAUAAAACACAUCUGCGCUGGAACCAAACUCACCAGAGCUAUGGUUACACACACACACACUCGCUUUCUCACAUUUCUCUCUCACAGAUUUCUCUUUCUCACACUGACAAGAUGUAGAGGAGAGGAUGCUGCAACAUCAGUCCCAGUGGACUGUGGACGGUCAGCACGCGAACUUCAGAUUUCCCGUUCUUGAAUCAUCCUGCAUUAUUGACGCCAUGGAAACGGAAUCCACCCAUAACCUGACAGCACCCACUGUGUCUUUGUUGCACCAUAACAUGACAAACUCAUGCGACUACAUAUCCAUCUCAGCCUCGCAAUACCAGAAGAAAGUGAUCCCCACUUUGUACAGCCUCAUUUUCCUGCUAGGUUUUCUUGGUAACAUGCUGGUGGUGUGUGUGUUGUAUCACAGUUCAGGCCGAAGGACGGUAGCCAACACGUAUCUGAUGAAUCUAGCCAUGUCGGACUUGCUGUUCCUGAGCUCUUUGCCAUUCUGGGCUGUUUACUAUUCGCUGGAUUACAACUGGGUUUUUGGGAAGGUCAUGUGUAAGCUGUGUGGAGGUUUGGUAACGAUAAAUGUCUACGCUAGUAUAUUUUUCAUCACCUGUAUGAGUGUGGAUCGAUAUCAUGCCAUCGUCUACCCACUGCACUCUCAGAGCAGCAGGAGCAUAAAUCGGGCCAGAUGUGUCAGUGGCAUCAUUUGGGUCGUGGCAGCUUUGACGACAUUGCCGACAGUUGUGUUUCGUGACAUACACACUUUUCCCAGUAACAACGUUACGGCUUGUGUCAUUUAUUUCCCCAGCUCCUACUGGCAAACCGGUUUAACUCUUGGAAAGAACACCCUGGGGUUCUUCUUGCCAUUCGUUGUCAUUGCAACCUGCUACAGCCGAAUCGCCGUGAACCUUCUGGCCACCCCAAACUACCUGGAGCAAGACUCCACCCGACUGGUCCAUGUAUUGCGUAUGGUGGUCGCUGUGGUACUGGCGUUUUUCUUUUGCUGGUUCCCGUUCCACGUUCUGGCGUUCCUCGGAGCUCUGGGAGAGCUGGGUGUGGAGUGGGAUUGCUGGGUGCUUCAAGCGAUCCAUAAACUCCUGCCGUUCUUCCUCUGCCUCGGCUUUUCCAACUCUGCCAUAAACCCUUUCUUGUACUGUUUUGUGGGAAAUCACUUCCAAGAGAAGCUGUGGCAGUUUUACGGGGAUAUGCUGACACAGAAAAGAGAUUCUAUCAGCACGAGACUGUCUUCCUUCUCCAGGAAACUGAGUGACUUCAAAGAAACCGUGCCUAUGGAGAUCCUUGAGCAGCAGAGCAGCGCGUAGUGGAAUCUGGUGAAUCUACAACCUUGUAACUGCAGAGGACCGUGUCAGUGUCGGUCAAAUGCUUUUCCAUGGACUGAUGUUGUUGUUGGUUGCUAUAAUUGUGGUAGAUUCACUGUGUCUUGUUUCUAAUUACGCAGUGGUUGUGAUUAGCGCCAGCAUCUAUAAACAAUAUUUGGUUACGUAACAAUGUGUAGAAAUAUAGCCCACAUUUUAUUCUUUGAUCAGACUUUAUUCAGGAUGAGGAACUUGCUGAUUUUUCUGCACAAAUCAUAGAUAAUAAAUCAAUUUAAAAAAAAUAAUUUUUGAUUGGUUUUUGAUUACAGCUGCACAGUCUUAACAUUUGGAUUACUGGUAAUAUCAGAGUUAUAAAUAACACUCAAAUGUUAGAUAAUGCUAAUCAUGUCCUUCAUAUUGCUGAAAUCUGCCAGACAGAUUAAAACUCUAUCUUUAAGCUGUAAUAUACAAACUCACAAAAAUGUAACAUGAGCUGUUAAAAUGAUAAAUCAUUGUAAAUUGAAUUAUAAUUCUAUUAUAAUGGAGCAUCAUCAAUAAAUGAUGUUUGCAAGUAUACAACUUUA